AUGAGUGUCCAUGGUUGUGUGCGGAUUUUCCUGUUCGGUGCCAACGUGUUAGCAGGUCUCCUAGCGACGGCCCUUGCCAGCGAGGUCGGCCCUAGCUCGACGGCGCUGCUGCUCGAUAAAUUGCCGAUCGCCGUACCCACCGUCGAAACAGUGCCGCACGGUGCACCGCGGCCAUUACCAGCGCGCCGGGGGAUACCGUACGAUGGCGGUAAUGAUGGUAGUCCCGGACCGGGCGGAUUGGACAUUACCGACAGCAAUGCGUUCGUGGCGGCCGACAUCAUCAACCUCGAUCGGGACGGUGCGGUUAGCUUCAUACCGCGCCGGGACGUGCGCUAUCAGCGGGCGGUACCGCCGGAAUAUGCCGGUGCAUCGGCGCUGCCGCACUGCGAAACCUUCACCAUGGGCGACCCGGACUCGAAGACGCUCUACAACCCGGGCUGGCCGGGGAACUAUCCGAACAACAGCGACUGUGUCGUGGUGCUGGAAGCACCGGUCGGGUUUCUGGUGCGGCUCGACUUCCGGGACCACUUUCACAUCGAACCGUCGGAAGAGUGCAAGUACGACUUUCUCGAGAUACGCGACGGAGCGCACGGAUUCUCGACGCUGAUCGGGAAGUACUGCGGUCAGACCUACCCGCCCAUGAUCACCUCGAAGGAACGCUUCCUGUGGUUGCACUUCCACUCGGACGAGAACAUCGAGUACAAUGGGUUCGUCGUGGUGUAUGAUUACGUGCCGCGGCCCACUUCGUCCAUUUACGACGAUGAAAGCUGCCGGAUGGAAGUGUCCGGGAUGGAGGGUUUCGUCAAUCGAUCGGAUGUUCCGCGCGAAAAGCAACAAACCGUGAUCGAGCAUGGCCUCUCGCUUGACUGCAUGUGGGUCAUCACGGUGGCGGAUGGGUGGAAGAUUCAACUCUCAUUCCUCAAGUUCAAGCUGGAACGACCAAACGAUUGCGAAAGCAACUUUGUCGAUGUGUUCACGGAACGAACGGAUCUGCCGUCGAGACUGAAAAACUUUUGCGGCUCCAUCGCUGACUCGGUCGUAUCGCGCUCGAACGUCCUGCACAUCCGGUUCUUCGCGGAAGCGGCCGCCAUUAAUUCCACCUUCUCCAUCCUCUUCACCGCAUUUAGGGAGAAGGCGGCCGGCGAAACCUGCGACGAUACGGAGUACGAUUGUGAGGAUGCGACGUGUAUAUCCGGCGAGCUGCGGUGCAACGGCCGCAUCAACUGUCGGUUCCGGUGGGAUGAGGACGAGUGUCAGAAACAAGCCACCGCCCAAUCGGAGCACGUCAUCAUCAUCGUGAUUGUGUUUGGGCUCAUACUCGGCGGUAUGAUAUUGCUGUUUCUGUUCAACUGCAGCCGGAAGAUAAUACGCGACCACAAGAUCAUCCGCGAGCACAUCCGGCAGUCGCGCGAAAGCAAGCUGAACGAGCUCGGGCGCCAUUCGACGAAAAAGUUGGUCGAUCUGGACAUCACCAAGCUGCCACCGCCCGCCUUCGACAAGGAUCCAAUCAAUGUGCUGGAAAGCAGCAGUACGACGAACGUGAACAAUGGACAAUAUUAUCGCGACAUGGGCAUCGGCAGUGUUGGUGGGGGUAGUGCGGGCAGCGGGGGAGGAAAUGCUGGACCGCACAUGUUUAGCAGCCGGAUAGACAUUAAGGCGGACCCGCAGGAUGUGCUUCGGGGCAGCUACCAUGAGGAUCCACUGUCACGGUCCGGUACGCUCGGGCGCGACGGUGGCGGCAUGUGUGAUAUGGCCUGUCAGACGAGGGAAUCGCUCUUCCAGCCGGUGUUUAAAAAUAAGGUCAACCAAUCACCCAAUCAGCUGCAAAACAGCAUACGCUUCUCGACGUUCGGCUACGAAAGCCAGCAGCAGGAGCAGCAACAACUGCCGGCAGUUACGCCACCACCGCCGAGGGUGAAACAUCAUCAUCAUCAUCACCACCAUCAUCACGGUGGUACGCUCGAGGGUGGAACGAAAAGUUCCAAGGUGAACCGCAUCGAGCUGGAGGACCUGUCGCCGCCCGGUUCGGGCGGGUACGAUGACCGAGGCGACGAGUUGCAGCAACAGCAUGGCCCACCCGGCCAGCAUGGCCACUCGCACGGUCACACGCACACGCACCAGCAUCAGCAUCCCCACACACACCAAAAGAUCGCGCACGAGCGAAACCUGACUGAGACCGGUGUUGGCCCCGGCAUGGGACGAACUGGUGGGGGAGGGGGUGGGGGUGGUGGGGCUGGAAGUGGUGGUGGAUCCUAUGGUGCCGACAUCCGGAAGUCGGCACCGGACGUCAUCAUUAUGACCUCCUCCCAUUGA